AUUAAACCUUUUCCAAAUCUUUUUUUAAAUAUUUACUGUAAACCAAUCACAAGCAGUUCCAUGAGAACAACGCAAUUUGAUUGGUACGUAUCACCGAUAUAAUGUAUUCGUAGUGACAUCAGCUAUUCAAAUAUUUUUGCGCAUGAACUAAUUUGCAUUACAGCACGAAAUAUGGAAGUUAGGAGGGCCUGAGCCUGGGUACGACCGUGAUUAUAACCAAUCAGAGCUAACAUGCGCAAUGCAAACGAAAAGUCGUUCUCCGAAAAGUACGUUCUCUUGUGAUGAGAACUAACUUUGAAUCAAAAAUUUGUUAUUCUGUUACAAUAACAGAUGGAGUAGAAGUUUCUAAUAUAGUUGCACGUCUAGUUACAUUAUCGGAUUUGUGGUUAGAGCUCAGCUUGCUUGCGCGCCGCGAAUUUGCGAUACGAGCGUGACGAACGCGGAGUGAGUGUAUACUGAAAAUAAACAUAGUGGUGUAGUGACAAGAGCGCGGGUUGAACGAUGUCUUCGCCGAAUAAAAAGGCCAAGGAAUUAGAGGAUCCAGGUUCGGGCGAGGGUGUUGAAUCUCGUGAUUAUGAUAUUGAAAUACAGAAGACACUCGAAGAAAUCGACGGGUGUCAGAAUCAAAUCGAUGGCCUCAAUGAGAAGGCCAGCGACGAAAUCCUCGAAGUUGAGAAGAAGUAUAAUAAGUUGCGUAAGCCCUAUUUUCAGCGGAAUGACAUUAUCAAAAGGAUACCCAAUUUUUGGGUUACUGCUUUUGUAAACAAUAAAGAAAUAGCAGAAAUAUUGGAAGAAGAUGAAGAAGAUGCGCUUCGGUUUUUAAACAAAUUAGAAGUUGAAGAAUUUGAAGACAUCAAAUCUGGAUAUAGAAUUAAUUUUUAUUUUGAUGAAAACCCAUUUGAAAAUGAUGUUCUUACAAAGGAAUUUCAUCUAGGUUCUUCUGGAGAUCCAGCAUCACAAAGCACACCUAUACGUUGGAAAGAAGGUGCAGACUUAACGAAAAGAGCAAAAACCAAAGCCCCACUGAAAGGUCGUAAAAGGCCACUGAAACACAGGUCAUUCUUUGAUUGGUUUACGGAUCAUGGGGACCCAAGUUCAGACGAAAUAGCAGAGUUAAUUAAAGAUGAUAUGUGGCCUAAUCCAUUGCAGUAUUAUUUGGCACCAGAUAUGGAUGUUGAAAACGGUAUUGAAGGGGAUGGCGAAGAAUGUGACACAGAAGAAGAGGAGGAGGAAGAAGAAGGUGGUGCGGAUGACGGCGAUGAAGCAGGGGAGGGUGAAGAAGGAGACGAUAGUAUAGUUGUGGUUGAAGAUGAUGUGGAUGAAGAUGAAGAGGAAGAAGAGGCUGUGAAUGAUGAAGACGAUGGGGUAAACGAAGAAGACGAUUUUUUAGUAGACGACGAAGUUGUUCGUGAAGAUGCAGAUGGGGAAGAACCAGAAUAGGAUUUGAAGUUUGUUUCUCACAGCAAUGGUUACAGUCAUAGACAAUGAAAAAAGAAUCGCUGAAAAUACGCAUCACAUUGAUUGAAAAUAGAUGAAGUGUGCAGGACAGAGUAUAAUGAGCCAUAUGAAUAAACCUCGGGACGAUAUUGAGAAAAAUAUAAAUAGAAAACUGAAUAAAACAGACCUAAUCUUUAUCGGCGCAAAUGAAAAUCGCGUGUACAAAAGUAAUAAUAUUUACUCGAUUGUGCCGAAAUUAAAGAAAAUACGGUCUUACAUAAAUUAGAUAGGUUUUACACAGUACUUUUUUUUUUUAAAUAAUGGAAUAGAGUACCGGAAAUUCCUAAGUUAUAUUCAUAUGGCCUAGUCAUUCUCUAUAUAGUAGGUAUACGAUGAAGAACACCUGCUCAGCUUCAUCGUGUUACAAUUACAUUAAGGAGUAAAUAAAUUAUAAGAUGUAACAAGAUUGUGGACAGGUGUUCUUUUCAUCUUGUUUCCUCACGAAUAUUUGUUCUAUUACAUUAAUUCCGGAACGAGGUGUUUUAGAUAUUUUUGAGAGUGACAUUACAGCAAAUAUUUGUCGCUGAGAGAUUUAUUUUUUUGUAACAGUUAAAUAAUAGAUUUGUAGAAAAUUGUAACUAAUACAUUUACUUCUCUAUAUACGACUAUUCAAUAAGUUACUUUGAAAGUGGAUUAACAACAUAUCGGAAAAUGUAGGGACAUGUACAAAAGUGUAUAAAACGUACAUAUUUUCUUUUUUUUUUAUAAAAUCAUUAUUUUUCAUACGAUUAUUUGUAUUGUUUGGAUACUACUAUUUUAUGAUAAAGAAUGUUAAACUUACAUUUUUUUUAUCUGCAGAAAAAAUAUAAAAAGGAUGUAUCGAUUAAGAGUUUUUUAAUUAUUUAAAAUUAUACUUUAAUCUAGUGAUAGUUUAAGUUAACGAAAUAUAUCCUAUUGUAUUUAUGCAUGAAAUUUUAUCUAAACCCGGCGCAACGCUACUAUUCCACAUGUAUAGAGAAAGAAAUAUUAAUUUCAAUGAAUAUUUCAAUGAAUGAUGAAUUGAAACUUGUCACACUCAAAAUGUAAAUUGAUGUACGAAAACUCACCUCGUUCUUAUUCUUCCAGAUUUUACGUUAUAAACAUUUCUACUAUUUGGAAAAGAAAAUACGUCUCAAGCGUUUUUCACGACACUUCUGAUUCUAGCAACAUCUUUUUAAAUUACUGUUACGAUCCGAAGGUGAUGUUAGAAUCAGAAGUAAUCACAACCCUGUUAUAUUUCCAGCGAUGUGCCAACGAUGGAUCACAUUGCAAACGAUUUUAAAUCUCGGUACGAAUAAAAGGUUCUAUUAAAAAUUUCAUCGGCGUUCCCUAUGGAGUCUAGGAAAAAUCAAAUAAUUAAAUCGCUCAAAACAAAUGUAUGAUUUAAUCGCUAUGCAAGAAACGUUUUUGAAAUGAAACCUGUUUGGUAGAUCUUGGAUAAAAGAUAAUUUCGAACUUAAGGAGAUAAUCUUUCUAUUCAAAUUAUUAAUGAUAUUGAAAAAUAUCUUAGUAUAAGAUUCCUAUUUUUCUACGAUAACAGUUAACGUUUAACGAAGUUAACAAUUAUUUGAUUCGUCCUAGAAUACUUUGACCCUCGGGCAGCGGAUCAUAGAAAGAGCCACACAUUUUAUUUGUAUUUUUUUUAAAUUUUACACUUUAAGAAUUAUUUUUUCAAUAUAUGAAACUAUUUUAUUGACAAACUAUACACUUAAAUUUAGGUUGAUAUUCCUAUAUAUGUAUUGUUACUGAAGAUUUAUAUUGACCCAGACUCCGUUGUUCGAGGAUUAAGGUGCGCGCUCAUAUACAAAUAUAUUCUAUUGUGAAACUUACCAGCCACUAUCCUGGAAAUGUUCAGUGCUAAGCAUGGUAGGCUUCCCUAGGUAAAACUUCAUUUAAUAUUUAUUUUAUUAUUAAAUACUUUUCUAAACUUUGUUUUCUGAUAUGUACAAAUCCGGAUCUGAAAAUUAUGAAACUUGGCAAUUUUGUAAAUUUUCAAUUUUGAAUCUCGAGAUUUCGAAACUAGCCACUUUGAAACUUAUAUAUUGAUAUAACAAGGUUUCAAUAUUGGAAUUUUCGAACUUUAAAAUUUGAAUUUUGGGGAUUUUGAAAUUAUAUAAUAUUUAAUAAUUCAAAAUUAAAAUUUUUGUGAGACAUCGCUAUUUUUCCUAGAGAAGCCAAUUGUGUUCCAUACUGUUUAACGAUAUUGAAAAAUACACGUUAACGUGACAUAAUAGUCUUGCGUCUAUAAUGGUCGCACAAAGGGACGCCUGAAGUCCGAAACGAAAAUGAACCAGAAUAGACAUAAAAAACAAACUGGAUGUAAGCAUUUUUUGAAUCAAUCGGCGUAAUCGUGUCACGCAAUCAUACAACAAAUGAACGAAAUAAAGUUGUCAGUUUAAGAUAGGAAUGAGUUUUUAUAUUUGAAACUACUUAUAAGAUUAAGGUGAAUAUAAGACAUUUUAAUACAAGAAAUGAAUUGGACACAUUUUUUAUCUGAAAUGUUUACUUUCCAUCGAUCACAAGAAGUCCCAUGAGAAUAACCUAAUCUGAUUGGUCACGUAUUUUCAGUCGUGACGUAUCAUUGGUCGAAGCGAUCACAUCACUAAUUAGGCUGGUGUAAAACUAGGAUGUGUGCGUAGUACCCCGUCUUGCCCCUGUGCUGUUCCGCGAAACUUCUUGUGAUCGGUGGACAGUACUUACUUUUUACAUUAUCUAGGAAUAAAAAAAUUUUGUUGUAUCAAUUUUUAAACAAACAAUCAUUUUUCUACGUUUUGCUUUUAUUUGUCAGUAAAAACUGCUUUCUAAAUGUACUAGAUUUUUCUUAUAAUUUUCUUCUUUCUGUUACAAGAAUGUUGUUUUCUUGAAGAUUGAUAUGACAAAGGAAGGAGAUGAAAGGGAGGAACGAUCAUGAAAAAUGUAAUGCAUAGCGGUAAAUGUAAGAUUUAAACACGCAUUGUUCUAUUAUUUAUACUUGAAAACUGUAAAAAAAUUCGUUACAAAAAUGUUUGAUUGGUGUAAAGGGAAGCAGGGAUGUGAAACAAAACGGCGAUUAUCCGAAUUGUUGUCCGAGUUAAAUUUCUCUUCAAUAAAUAACAAUGUUUUCUAAAAUUUUAGAACAUCGAACAUGAUGGACUUCCUCAGGAAAAAUGGCGCCUUAGGGCAGUGAGGUGCAGUGUGGGAUUUCUGGCACAUGCGUAGUAAGUAAGCAUUAGGAGUUUCUCAAUGAGGUACUUACAUUCUUUAAAUAUAAGGUAUCAGUAGGCUCCAGAAAUUAUAAUGAGGGGAGAAAGUUUUAAUUUAAUGAAAUCGAAUACUACAUAAAUAAUACCAAUAAAAUGUACUGCUAUUUUGUA